AUGUCUGGACGCGGCAAGGGAAAGACCUCCGGCAGCAAGGCCGUGAGCAAAUCCUCCAAGGCUGGUCUGCAGUUCCCCGUCGGGCGCAUUGCUCGCUACCUGAAGAACGGUCGUUAUGCAGAGCGCAUCGGUGCCGGUGCCCCCGUGUACCUGGCAGCUGUCCUGGAGUACCUGGCGGCCGAGGUGCUCGAGCUGGCUGGCAACGCCGCUCGCGACAACAAGAAGACCCGCAUCGUGCCCCGCCACAUCCAGCUGGCGGUCCGCAACGACGAGGAGCUGUCCAAGCUGCUUGCUGGCGUGACCAUCGCCGAGGGCGGCGUGCUCCCCAACAUCCAGUCGGUGCUGCUGCCACAGAAGACCGCCAAGAAGGGCACCAAUGCGAGUUCUGACAUCCCUGACUGA